UGCAUAUUAAUUUAUGGACACGAUAUCUUAGUUUAAAUCUUGUCCCUUCACUGGUUACCACCAUGACGAUACGAGCGCUAACGUAAUAGCGCUACACGAGACCCUCUGCGGCUUCCGUAGAUCAGUGUAAAUUCAAAAUGGCUGCCCCUGUUGACAACGGUUUGAUUGAAAGCGAUCUGCCCAAAGCUGUCGAGCUGCUCAACAACCUCACAGAACAGGUGGCUUCAGUCACCAGUCACGUCCGGGAGCUGCUGACUCGAGUCAAAGAUGGGGCAUUCAACACAUCGAAGGGUUUGUCUUUCCUGGACCUUCGCUAUCACCUGCUGCUCUUCUACCUACAGGACCUCACUCACCUGAUCAGCAUCAAGAGCGAAGGAGGCAAAAUAAAAGACAGUGAAGCCUUGGACAGAGUGGUCACAAUCAGAACAGUCUUGGAGAAGAUGCGACCCCUUGACCACAAACUCAAGUACCAGAUAGACAAACUGGUGCGCACGGCUGUUACUGGCAGUUUAGCUGAAAAUGACCCGCUGCAGCUGCGUCCUAAUCCUGAAAACCUCAUCAGCAAACUGAAUGACAGUGAGGGUUCUGAAGACGAAGCUGAGGGGACGGCAGCCUCAGAGACAGGAGCAGCCCACUCUAGUGGCAGGAAAUAUGUACCUCCAAAGAUCGCCCCAGUGCAUUAUGAUGGUGACGUGACCGAGGCCGACAGGAAGAAGGCUCAGGUGGAGCGUCAGAAGCGAGCGGCCCUGAGAAGCUCCGUGAUCCAGGAGCUGAGACAACAGUACAGCGACGCGCCCGAGGAGAUCAGGGACAGGAGAGACUUCCAGAGCGACCGGGAGAGCCGCGACGAGACACACCGGAAAAACUAUGAGGAGUCAAUGAUGGUGCGUCUCAACAUGCCAAAGAAUCAGAAGAACACCAGGAAGAGAGGCAUGAUGGCCAUGACCGGCCAGCUGAGCGGCAUCACGCACUUCGGCGACAUCACAGCGCUGACAGGUGGCGAGGACCGACAGGACGGUGAGAGCAAUCGUCCCAAGAAAAAGAAGAAAGUCAUGAAGAAGAAAACCAAGAGAAGAGCGUUCAAGAAGCACAGAUAGACCGUGAGACGUGGAGUCCAGUGAUGUGGGACCAACCGAUGACGUCCUCCGUUGUUUUAGUUGAGCGUUUGCAGGACUGUAGCACCGCCAAGUCAGUUGUACUAAAAAUAAAUUCCCUGACACUUUCA